CGACCCGACCGAUUAUAAUAUCAGUCAUUCACCGAUUCCACCGGUUUUCAACACCCACAUCGCUGCACCGCCUCCCUCUUCUUCAAUUCAAACUUUUCUUAUUCCUAUUCUUAUUUAAAAUUAGUACUUCAAAUUUCUAAUACAAUCAUGUUGUGUUGAGAGGAUUCGUCAUAUCAGUCUACCCAAACGGACUCACCAUGAGAGUUAGAGAGUGAGUUUGAAUUUCAUUCACAAAUCAACUAUUUUGUUCAACUGCUCAGUAUUUGUGUUUGGCUUGUGUGAAAUUUGCCUGGCAAUAGUGAGAAUUUGAAGGAAAAUAAACCUCCUUCGACAAUUCUCUUUUUCUCGACUUUCCAGCGAGCUCAAGCAUAUCCGGCAAUUCUCUUUACUAAGUUUCUGUUUUUCAGCGGAUUCGGUAGUAUGCCGUUAAUUCUAAACGGAUUCGGGGUACUUAAAUUGAUUGUUGGGUUCAGAUUCGGGUAGUUGAUUUCUAGCGGGUACCUGCCCUGCUGCCAUCCCUAAACAUUUAUACCAGGAAGCGGUGAGGGCAUACAUUCUGAACUAUGGCAGCUCAAACUUCUGGAACCAAGUCCCUAAAAGAAUAUUUGAGAAGGUAUGAAAGCAUCAAUGAGGAAGAGAAGAAAAAGAAAAAGAAGAAGAAGAAAGUGAAAUCUGAUGGGCCUGGUGUUUUGGUUGUGGAUGAAGAUCCUGUCUGGCAUAAGCCUAUAAAACUUGAAGAAGAGGAAAAUGAUUCAGCUGAUGAAGAAAAACCUCAAGUGGAUGAAGAUAUAGAAGUUAAAAGAAUGAAGAGGUUGGAGCAACUUAGAGCCAAAUGGGCUAAUAAUGCCAUAGCUGAAGAUGGAAGUGGAUGGGUUUCACUCUCUCCUAAACGAGCGAAUUUUGUUAAUCAAGAUUCUGAUAUGUCUCCACCCUGUAGGCAGAGUACACGGAACGAUACACCCUCACCUGAGCCUAGUGAGAGGCCUUCGGCUGGGGGUAAAGAUGCAGACUUGUCACCACCAUGGCAGCAACAGAAACGCCACUACAUUCCACCACCCGAAUCUGAUUUGUCACCUCCUCGUAAGCGAAGGAUUCAAAAUGAUACACCUUCACCAGACCCACCAUCAAAGCCUUCAAGAGAAGUUGCCGACUUUUCACCUCCUCGGCAGCCGCGAAAACACCAUUAUUCCCCAUCACCUGAACCUGAUACAAAACUCAGGUAUUCCAACAGUCCACUUCCUGAUUUGUCACCACCCCGUAAGCAAAGGAUAGGGAAAGAUGCUGAUUUGUCACCUCCAAGACAGCAGCGGAGAAGGCAUCAUACUCCGUCCCCUGAACCCCAAAAUUCCCCAGGGCCAGAUCUCUCACCGCCAAGGAAAAGCAGAAAAGGUGUUGAUAAAUUGGCAUCACUAGAUCUUUCUCCACAACGGUUGCCUAAGAAUUCAAGUUCAAUUAUGAAUGGUAGCUCCCAUGACAAGAAGGGUUCAUCUGACCUGGUUUCCUCAAAGGAUCGGCCAAAAACUGGUUUGAUUUCUGGCCGUGAUAUCCAGGAAGAGAUAUCUAAACUUAAGAAGGAUGAUUUAUUGAGGUUUCAACAGAUGGAUCCUAAAAUGACUGGACAGGGUGCUGAACCAAUAUAUCGUGAUAAGAAAGGGCAACGAAUAUCGAAGGAGGAAUUUUUGAAAUCAAAGCAAAAAGUAGAAGAAAAGCCUAAGGAAAAGAAGUUAGAGUGGGGCAAGGGCUUGGCUCAAAAGCGAGAAGCUGAAGUUCGGCUGCAGGAAUUAGAACUUGAGAAGGAGAAGCCAUUUGCACGGACCAGAGAUGAUCCAGAACUUGACAAAAUGCUGAAGGAGAGACUAAGAUGGGGUGAUCCUAUGGCACAUUUGGUCAAGAGAAAGCAUUCUGAACCAGUUCUUCAAGAUCUAGGGGACAGUGAGAAGAUGAAGGAAUCAGGGUUUAUAGUUCCCCAGGGGAUUCCUAAUCACAGCUGGAUAAAAAGAGGAUUAGAUGCUGCACCCAAUCGAUAUGGCAUAAAGCCCGGAAGACAUUGGGAUGGAGUUGAUCGGAGUAAUGGAUUUGAGAAGAAAAUGUUCCAGAGAGUGAAUGAGAAACGAGCUACAGAAAGGGAAGCUUAUCUUUGGUCUGUGUCUGACAUGUAGAUGUUUGUAAAUAUAAACUGUGGAAGUUUUGCAAUUUGAAUCCAGGCAACUUCAGCUUCAUUAACGAGUUUCUGUUCAUUGUCAGUGACAAAAUGAUUUUUAGCAUAUAAGAACUCCAUUUAUUCAGUUAUUA